AUGACAAAAUACAUGUUUGAUGAAGCAAUUAAAGUAGAUUUUAAAGGAAAAAAUAAUAAUGGAUUUGUUUGUUAUACUGGUGAACUUAAAAAAGAUUGGAAGAUUUUAGAUGCUUCUCAUGGAGGAUAUUUAGUUUCUGUUUUAUUGAAUGCGUUCACACACCACUACAAAGAUAUAUUACCACAUCCGAUCCAUAUAAGUUGUAAUUUUAUAAACAAAUGCUUCCCCGGUGAAUUUGAAAUUGAAAUCAAAGAAAUCAAUAAAUCCAAAAAAUAUUCAACAUCUUUAGGAAUAUUAAAACAAAGAUCUCAACCAAUCUCAUCAUCGCUUUUAAUUAAUUGUGUUUAUUCAACAGUGAUUUUUGGUGACUUGAAUUUAGAAAAAGGCAUUUCGCCACCAUUCUAUGAACAAGUUCCAAUUCCACCUAGAGAAUUGUGUGUCACCGCACCGCCUAACAGAGUUACUAAAAAUAUGGGAAAAUAUAUUCAACUUUAUGUAGAUUUGGAAACUAAUAAGAAAAAAAGAGCAGAAUUAAAAACCUGGGCAACUUUUACUGAUGACAGAGAAGUGGAUUUGUUAUCUCUUGGAUACUUUGCAGAUGUAUUUUUUCCACCAAAACAUAAACUAGAAUCAAAAUAUGUAACAAUGACACUUGAAAUACAGUUUAAAAACAUACCAAAAGGUAGAUGGUUAGCAGCAUCACAUAGAUCAAGAUUUCUUUUAAAUGGUAGAAAUGAAUUAGAUAGUGAAUUAUGGGACGAAGAAGGAAAUUUGUUGGCUAUUGCAAGACAAAUGGGUUUACUUAUACCAUUGGAAAAUAAUAAAUAG